GCUCCGGCGCUGCUCCCACCGCCGCGGCAACGGCCCCAGCCCACGGAGGCGGCUGGACUGACCCCCGACGGUUGGACGCACGGACUCUGCUCCGAGAGCAGGCCAUGGACACCUUCAGCACCAAGAGUCUGGCUCUGCAAGCGCAGAAGAAGCUCCUGAGUAAGAUGGCAUCUAAGGCAGUGGUGGCCGUGCUGGUGGAUGACACCAGCAGCGAGGUGCUGGACGAGCUGUACCGCGCCACCAGGGAGUUCACGCGCAGCCGCAAGGAGGCCCAGAAGAUGCUCAAGAACCUGGUGAAGGUGGCCCUGAAGCUGGGGCUGCUGCUGCGCGGGGACCAGCUGGAGAAGUCCCACCCAGAGACACCACCCACCUGCCCUCGAUGGGGCAGUGUCAGCCGCGUCUGA